AGAACUGGAAUGUACUUUAUCGUUUACAUGAAAACUGAAGUUGGAUUAUUUUUUUGACAUAAAUGAUCAUGUUCCGAGCGGAAACAGACACUCAACAAAGUUUUAACAUAAACAAACCACUCAAUUAAAACGCCACACGUGAUUAUUUUCCUUAUUCAGACCUCGUUAAAACGUUCCUAACGAAGUGGCUCAAGUGUUUACUGAAAUAAUGCCUGUAUAUGUAUAAGACCAUUGAGCAUCUAUACCUUAAUCACACCAGUUGUUAUAAGCUGUGUUUUUAUGCUAGAAAUGAAUAGAUAAACGGAUUUGCCUUAGCGUGAUUGGUGUGGGCCAAGAAGAGCAUUUAAGUCAAAUUUUAACCAUGUCAUUUUCUGCGGUUACAACGGUGCUGUUAAUUACUCUCCAGAUCUUUGGAUUUUACUGCUCUAAUUCAAGACGCGUUAUAGAAAGAAUAAAGUAUCUGGAAACUAGAAUCAGUACAGAAUCACAGUUCAGGGAUGAAGAAUACGCCGAUAUUAUUGACAGACUUGAUGAGAUAGAUAAACGAUUGAAUGCGUCCACAGAACAAAGAAUAAGCUUUAUUAAUUCAGAUCAUAAAACAAGCAAUGUGAACACAGAAACGGAAGAUCAUCUACGAAAGGACUUUAUGAGAAUUAGGACAGCUUUUCGCGAGGAGAAGUCUGAAACAGCAAGAAUGCGUAGGCAAAUUCCGAGAAUAGAAAAUGAUUUAACUGCAGUUAAGCAUGAUUUGGAAUAUUAUUGUACAAUAAAUGUAAACAAAACUGAUGAGCUCAUGUCAAUGGUGGAAAUAUCAGACGACGUACGCAAAUCCGACAUGGAAAAGACAAUUAAUGAGAUAAAUGAGGUAAAGACAGCUUUAGAAAAGGACUUCAAAGGCACAGUAGAAGAAAUUGAGGAAAGUAUGCAAUCAACUGUUAAAGAAUUAAAAAUAUUAGAAGGUAACACAAGACAGGAAAUUGCUGAAACCAAAGCAAAAGUUGAAAGAAUUGAAAGUCUAGUAAGUCAGCUAUCUGCCCGCCUUGAACACUUAUUUUUACCAGACUCCUGCUAUAAAACGUUAGGAUCCGGUGUAUAUAAACUACAAAAUGGACUCAAUGUUUUCUGUGACCAAACCACUGACGGUGGGGGUUGGACUGUGUUUCAGAGAAGACAGAAUGGUGAAGUUGAUUUCUAUCGUAACUGGAAUGAGUAUAAAAACGGAUUUGGCGAUCUGAAUGGUGAAUUUUGGCUAGGAAAUGAACAUUUGAGUAUUCUUACAGCAACAGGAGAUCAUGAGCUGAGAAUAGAUAUGGAGGAUUUUGAAGGAAAUAAGGCAUAUGCUAAAUACAGUAAGUUCAAGGUAUAUCCGGAAGAAGACAAGUACAAACUGGAGGUGAGUGGAUACAGUGGAAAUGCUGGAGAUUCUCUCAAGUAUCAUAAUGGAAUGGCGUUCACAACGUUCGACAAUGACAAUGAUAAACACUCGUCACUAAACUGUGCAAUAUACUACCAUGGUGCCUGGUGGUACAAAACUUGUUACCAUUCCAAUCUCAAUGGACAGUAUUUUAAUGAUCCUGGUAAAAUAGAUGACAAAGGAAUCACCUGGCACUACUGGAAAAAUAGCUAUUACUGUUUGAAAAGUGUGGAAAUGAAAUUUCAUCAUGGUUACGGAUAUGUGUGGGAGAAUCCAUCAAAACAUUUAACAAUGCCGCUUUCUAUAAGUAAAAGGGCUGUGUUAAUCGUAUUUUGUAUUAUUGGAGUUUACUGCUCAAAUUCAAAACGAGUUAUAGAACGGAUUAAACAUCUGGAAUCUAGAUUCAAUACAGAAUCAAAAUUCAGAGAUGAGGAUUACGCCGAAGUUAUUGACAGACUAGAUGAGAUAGAUAAAAAAUUAAACGGGUCGCUUGAGAAAAGAGUUGACAUGAUUAAUUCGGAUCAGGCAUCCAGUGAUGUGAAUACAGAAACUGUAGACCAAAUACGAGAAGAUUUUACGAGAAUUAGGAAAGCAUUUCGCGAGGAGAAAUCUGAAACAGCAAGAAUCCGUAGGGAAAUUCCGAGAAUAGAAAAUGAUUUAAUUGCAGUUAAGCAUGAUUUGGGAUAUUAUUGUACAAUAAAUGUAAACAAAACUGAUGAGCUCAUGUCAAGGGUUGAAAUAUCAGACGACGUACGCAAGUCCGACAUGGAAAUGACAAUUAAUGAGAUAAAUGAGGUAAAGACUGCUUUAGAAAAUACAAUCAAUGCUACCUCGAUACUUGUUGGACAGGACUUCAAAGGCACAGCAGAAGAAAUUGAGGAAAGUAUGCAAUCAACUGUUAAAGAAUUAAAAAUAUUAGAAGGUAACACAAGACAGGAAAUUGCUGAAACAAAAGCAAAAGUUGAAAGAAUUGAAAGUCUAGUAAGUCAGCUAUCUGCUCGCCUUGAACACUUAUUUCUAGGAGACUCCUGCUACGGAACGUUAAGAUCCGGUGUAUAUACCCUACAAAAUGGACUCCAGGUUUUCUGUGACCAAACCACUGACGGUGGGGAUUGGACUGUGUUUCAGAGAAGACAGAAUGGUGAAGUUGAUUUCUAUCGUAACUGGAAAGAGUAUAAAAACGGCUUUGGCGAUCUAUUUGGUGAAUUCUGGCUAGGAAAUGAAUAUUUGAGUAUUCUUACAGCAACAGGAGAUCAUGAGCUGAGAAUAGAUAUGGAGGAUUUUGACGGAAAUAAGGCAUAUGCUAAAUAUAGUAAGUUCAGGGUAUAUCCGGAAGAAGACAAGUACAAACUGGAGGUGAGUGGAUACAGUGGAAAUGCUGGAGAUUCUCUCAAGUAUCAUAAUGGAAUGGCGUUCACAACGUUCGACAAUGACAAUGAUAAAUGGUCGUAUGGAAACUGUGCAAUAAGAUGGCAUGGUGCCUGGUGGUACAAAAGUUGUUACUAUUCGAAUCUCAAUGGACAGUAUUUUAAUGAUCCUGGUAAAAUAGAUGGCAAAGGAAUCACCUGGCACCACUGGAAAAAUAAGAAAUACUGUUUGAAAAGUGUGGAAAUGAAAUUUCGUUAAAUUAGUGGGUCCUCUUAUAUAGAUUUGCUUAAGAAAUGCUGAAGGAAAUCGCGCCUUUGCAAAGUAUAGUAUGUUCAAGGUAGUUUUAAUGCUAUAUUACAGAACCCACUUGACCUUUACAUAAUUCACGUUUCACACCACAUAUAGUGUGGACGCAAACGAGUUUAAAAAAUAGUUAAUUAACCCAAGUUAAUAUAGGAUUAAAAACGUAGUCUGAACACGGUAUAAUAGAUUAUCAUAUGGCAGCGUGUGUGACACUGAUAUUGUCAAAACUCGAAACAAAAUGUCACCACUCGGCUUUCGCCUCUAGUGACAUUCUGCCCUCGGGUUGACAAUAUCAAUGUCACACAUGCUGCCAUAUGAUAUUUAUAUAAUAUUGCAUUAGUUCACAAGAUCGUUGUAGUAUCUGGUCAUAGUACAGAUGUCACAUAUAGAAUGGGCCUAGUCUGUGUUCAGACCGUAUGUUUUGUUCAUAGGAGAGAACUCUUGAGUCUAUACAAAUUUUGUAUAAUUAUGUCCCUUUUCUUCUCAGAACUGAGAUAAUCAGAGCCAAGACUGAUGAAGUCAGAAUAGGCCCUAUAUGAAAGAAAUAUUUUUUUCUAAAAACACCCCAACAAAACAUUAUCUAGUCGGUAGCCAGACUAAGAAUGGGCCGUUCCAUGAGAAAACCGUUAAAUGUAAAAAUGUCUGCUAGUAAUGCAAGUAUAUAUGGUGAAUUAGGCAGAUAUCCAUUGUCUAUAAACAGGUAUAUUAGAGUAAUAAAAUAUUGGAUAAAAGUAAUCAACUCAGAUAAUUGUAUUAUGAAGGCAUUAUAUGAGCCGUGCCUUGAGAAAACCAACAUAGUGGCUUUGCGACCAGCAUGGAUCCAGACCAGCCUGCGCAUCCGCGCAGUCUGGUCAGGAUCCAUACUGUUCGCUAAUGGUUUCUCUAAUUGCAGUAGGCUAUAAAAGCGAAGCCACUAUGUUGGUUUUCUCAUGGCACGGCUCAUAUUUAGAAGUUUUAAAAGACUGUAAUAACGAGAAAAGAAAUUGGGCAUAUAAAUGUUAAAUCAUUGUUAUACAGAUAUGGUUAGGGAUAUGUGUGGGAGAAUCUAUCAGUAAUUGAUCAAAAGCUAUUCCCUGCUAUAUUUAAACAAAGACUACUUGGUUUGUUCAGACAAGAGUGUCAUGAGAACCAACAAAAUAAUAGAACAUUAUCGCUAUACAAACAUUUGAAGAAGGAUUUUAUGUAUGAUUUUAAGUUAUCUAAAUUCAAUGAACAGUAAAUAUUACAGAAGUUUACUAACAAGACUUAGAACAUCGGCACAUACGCUUAGAAUAGAAACUGGCAGAUAUGGUAGAAACAGGAUAAAGAGAAAUCAUGAAAGACUAUGUUUAACAGAAGUUCUGACAUAGAAGAUGAAUACCACUGUGUUUUAACAUGUACAAAAUACAGCGCAUUAAGAAAACGUUAUAUUGCAAAGAGAUAUAGAAGAAAUGCUAGUAUGUGGAAAUUUAUUGAACUAUUGAACUCAACGGAUAGAAAAACUUUAAUUCUAACACGAUCCGAUUCAUUUUCCUAUUAAACAAAGAAGGCAGAAGACAUUGAAUUAUUAUACAACAAAUCACUGUUCUGACGUCACAAUAAUUACGUCAUGGCGUCAAACGGCAUAGCGGCGCGCUGGAAAAGAAACCGAUUGAAAACGGGCAAACAUUUAAUUAAUGUCGUCAAGGAAGUACUUAAAAAUCCUUGGUAACGUGUUAGAAUCGAAAUAAUAUAUCUCAUUUAGCUGCGCCCUCGUGAUAUAAUUCCUUCGCAUUUGAACUCCAAACAAUGAUUUAUUCAACGACAAAUCACUGGAUGAGAUAUAUUAUUUCUUAAACAAUUUAGCAGCCUUUAUCAAAAAUGUCAUAAAUAUACGAUCUGCCACUAUUAAUAAUAUUUUGUGAUGUGUUUACUAUGUUUUAUUCUAAUGUGUAUUAUAUAUUUUAGUACUUCUACAAAAGAUGUUUUAUGAAAAUGUAUAAUGCUAUGUGCAUUGAUGUAGCCAACAAUAUUAUUUUGAUAUUAUUUUUCUUCAUCCUCAAUACUAUAUACUUAAUAACACUAUACCUUCAGAACGUUAUAUGAUAUUAUGUAUAUAUGUUUUUUUGACCUUGUAUUAGAUUCUAACAGAUCUGUGGACGAGGAACCAUAAUGGCUCAAGUCCUUAAUUUGUGAAAUAAACUAUUCUUCUUCUU